CAGGCGCGCCGCAGACGAGGUCAGCGUUCUCAGUUUCGCAUGCACGGCCUCGUGCAGCUCCACGGCGCAGGCGCAGGCACAAUCUCCCAGCGAUACGUACGGUACGUCCCAGCGGUCGGAUGGCAGCACAGAUGCCGCGACGGCCGCCAAGCUGUUGGCGCAACGCUUUGAACUGCAGCAAGUCUCAUCGUUGCUGGAGUCCAAGGCGGAGGAGACCACCAGAAACACGCAGGACCUGGCGGAGUCUUGGCAGGCACGGCUAGACGCGACACUGGAGAGCCGGAGUCAGCAACUGCAACAGCUGCAACGGCUACAGCAGCACAGCAGCAUGGUGCAGGAGAAGUUGCGGCAGACCAAAGGCACCGUGGAACAGGCAACUGCCGUGGCUGCAGCUGCCACGAAGCGACGUUUGAGGGAUGCAGCCCGUGCUCGAGUUCAAAGCGCUUUGAAUGAGGAGCUGCGUGCCGAAGCCGCUGCGGAACAGCUGAGGCGCAGCACGCAGCGGCAGGCGCAGGCAGCCCAGAGGUAUCAGGCCGCAAGCUCGGAUGUAGCCACGCCAAGCCCAGUCCAUCACAGUCCGGAGGGAUCGGUGACAUCUUCACCCGCCCAGAAGGUGAUCACGGAUGGAUCUGCUGCCAGAAAGGUGGAUGCUGAGGAAUACAAAACAGAGUUCCGAGAAUGGGCUUCUGAGCUGGAAGACAGAGCUGAAGCCUACUUUGCCUCGGAGAUGCACAUGGCAUCGGCGGCCUUUGAGGAAGCAGAUGAGGUUGACGCUUUGCACCUGUCCUUGCAAGCGAAAGAAGAGGAGCUGGGGAGAGCCAUGAAAGAACAUCUCAAAGUGGCCAGUCAGGAUAUCCAUGAAAAUGCGAAGCGCAAGGUGGAUCUUGCCAGAAAGAAAUGCCAAAUCGAGCUGAAGAAGCUCCGCAACGAGCAGGCCAGCGCGGAAGUUGCCGCAGCCGCCAGGGCGGAAGGGGAGAAGGAGUUGGGGAAGAAACUCGCGCAAGCUGAAGGGGUGCUUCGGGAAGCUGCGGUGAAGGAAGUGGAAGAAGUACGUGUUGCGAAGGAAGCCGGUGAAGCAGAACUUGCUCGACUUGCAGCUCAGUUUGAGGAGGAGGCUGCUCGGCAGCUGGGUGACCUGCAGGCAUCGCAGCAGCAGCAGGAGGAGACGCUGGCAAAGCGAGAGGAGCAAAGCUCCGUUGCACAGAGUGUUGCGACGGUCAAGGCCUGGCAGAAGCGCUUGGAGGAGGCCGAAGCGGAGGCGCUCACAGCGCGAAGCGAGUUGCGCCAAGCCUCGGAGAUGCAGGAACAGCUCUGGCUGCAAAGCUCUCGCAGGGUGCAGGAGCUAUUGGAUGAGUCAGCGAAGCUGGAGGAGGAGACACGGACGUUCAGAUCUUUUGACUUCGAAGUUGAUGGCAGCGAGGGGAUGGCUGGCAUUCUUGAUGGCAACAAGACUGCAGAAUUGAGAAGUCCAGGUAGCCCAAUGGAGUCGAAUAUGAGGGUGCAGGCGCUCUCAACAACCACAUCUUUUAUCUCUGACGGAGGUCAAGCUACUGGAAGUGUGGAAACAUCGCUUCCGCUGGUCUAUUCUGCAGCCCUGGAAGGUAUUGAGACACACGGCUGGAGUGCAGUAUACCCAGCAGACGACCCUCCAGCCUGGACCAUUUUGCACUGGGCAGCGAUGGAAGGCAGGUCCGAUGUGUGCGGGCGACUCCUGGCAGCAGGCGCUGAUCCUUUGUGCCAGGAUGAGCGUGGAUGGACUCCGAUGGUCUGUGCGGAAGAAGCUGGUGAAUCGGAGGUCUUGUCUCUACUCCACGCGUAUCUUCCAAACGUGGACGUGGAGGUUCCCCGAGUGCCAUCGCCUCCACUUCCACCCAUUAUCGCUGCAAGCGUGGAAGCUGUGGAGAGUUAUGGCUGGCAGGCCAUGCACGGUGGCCGCAAUGAUUGGACUGCGCUGCAUUGGGCGGCUGCGGAGGGGCGUCAGGUGUUGUGUGCGAAGUUGUUGAGGGAGAAAGCAGAUCCCGCGCAAGUGGAUGACACCGGCAAAAGCGCCUUAGACUAUGCCCGGGAAGCGAAGCAACACAGCACCUGGCUGAUGCUGUCGAGUCAGGAGCACUUGGCCAAGAGCAAGGCCCUGACAAGGCCGAGUGAUGCUGGCCCUGCCGGCCCAGCUGGCCGAGCGCCUCCAUAUGGUUCUUAUCCGCAGUCCUUACUCCUGCCGGCCAAAUGACCGCCGGAGCAGUUUGGUAAUCCUGGCGCUGGAAGACCUCCUGUUGCCAGGUUAGAUUACCAGUAGCCAUGGGCAUUGCCCAUGGGCCGGCGGCCAUGUUUCACAGAGCCUCAUAGACCUAUGAGCCAUUGCUCAUGAGACUUGAGAGGCGCCAUCGUUCAUGCAUUCUGAAGGGCUGUUCGAGGAGAAUUUUUGGAGCC